UCAACCCCAGAAAACUCAUCACCCGACCCACUCUACCUCCUCCAAUCUCUUCACCUUCCCUCCCAUCCAUGAUCCAUCCCACCCCAUCCCAGAGGCUACGGCAAAGUCAACCCAGAAACCCUUGAAAACCCAAAACCCCAAAAGCCCAUCUCCUCCGCCGUCGCCACCCUCGCGAUCGCCACCCUCAUCCACGUGUCCAUCAUCGAGCACCCGACGAGUCCCAACCCCAAUCCCUCUCCAACUCAGUCGGUCAACCAUCAAAACCGUCUGCAACGCGACGCGCAGAAGGAACGAGAUCUGAUCCAACUACUUACUGGAUCUGAAAACUAGAGGUUGUGGAUAUGGCUUCUUCUUCUUCUUGUUUUUCAUCCGUAGCUGCUCUUGCUGAUGCUGAUGAUACAAGAAAGUAAAUGUUUUGGAUAUUAUUUUGAAGGUGGAGAAAACAAACAAGCCCUUGUCAGAGUUAAUCUCUCUGCAACUACAUCUUUUUGCUGGAUCUGAAAACUAGAGGUUAUGGAUAUCGCUUCUUCUUCUUCAUCCGCUGCUGCUCCUGCUGAUGCUGAUGAUGCAAAAAAGUACGAUGUGUUUAUUAGUUUCAGAGGUGAGGACACCCGCCGUACUUUCACCAGCCACCUCCACGCUGCCUUACUUGAGAAAAAAAUCACAACUUAUAUUGAUGACAAGCUUAAGAGAGGAGAUGAAAUCGCACCCGCCCUUCUCGAAGCAAUCGAGGAAUCAGAGCUUUCAGUGAUCAUUUUCUCGAAAGGCUACGCUUCUUCCAAGUGGUGUUUGGAUGAGCUUGUGCAUAUCCUAGAAUGCAAGGAAAAACAUGGCCAGUUGGUUAUACCUAUUUUUUACGACACCCUUCCAUCGGAUGUACGAAAACAACGGGGGAGUUAUGAGGUUGCAUUUGCUCAACUUGAACAACGUUUCCAGAACAGUAUCGACAAGGUGCACAAGUGGAGGGAUGCUUUGACGAAUGCAGCAAAUAUAUCUGGCUUUGAUUCAAAAAAUUAUGGGACGGAUGCUGAUUUAGUUAAGAAAGUUGUUGAAGAUAUUUGGACCAAAUUGUGUCGCGCAUCAUCCUGCGAUUUAAAGGGCUUUGUUGGACUUGAAAGCCGCAUCGAGCAGGUCGAAUCGCUGUUAGGCUUUCAUUCAUCGGACGCUUGCAUCACAGUAGGUAUUUGGGGAAUGGGUGGUAUUGGCAAGACCACCCUUGCCGAAACUUUAUUUCACAGACUCUCUUCUAAAUUCGAAGCCUCCUGUUUUCUUAGAAAUGUUAGGGAGAGAGAACAAAAGGAUGGGCUAGAAAAGUUGCAAAAUACACUUCUCAGUGAAUUAUUAAAGGAAGAAAGUUUAUCCAUAGGAACAACUUAUGUUCGAGAAAGGCUUAGCCGUACAAAGGUCCUCAUUGUUCUUGAUGAUGUGAGUGAUUCAAUGCAAUUGGAACGUUUAGCUGGCGAUCGUCUUCAGUAUGGCACUGGAAGUAGAAUCAUUAUCACAACUAGAGAUAGGGGCACACUUGGGAAAACUGUUGAAGAGGAUAAUAUCUACGAGGUUGAGGUAUUAAAAUCGGAUGACGCUCUUCGGCUAUUCUAUUCGCGUGCUUUCAAGGAUAACAGUACUCGUAGAACAGAUUAUAAGGAGUUGGCAAAAAAGGCGGUGGCUUAUGCCAAAGGCGUUCCCUUAGCUCUUACAGUUCUGGGGUCCUUGUUCUUCAAUUGCAAGAGCAAAGAAGAAUGGGAAGAUGAAUUCAACAAAUUGAAACGAUUUCCCAGUGAAGAUAUUCAGAAAGUGUUGAGAAUAAGUUAUGAUAGAUUGAGAGAAAAUGAGAGGGAGAUAUUUCUGGAUAUAGCAUGUUUUCAUAAAGGGAGCUCUGUGGUUGAGGUAAAACGAAUGUUAGAUGUUCGUGGAUUCUUUGCGACAUCGGGAAUUAGAAUUCUCAUUGGGAUGUCUCUCAUAUCAAUUGAUUCAGAAGGGGGAAUGGAAACCAUAGAGAUGCACGAUUUGCUACAAGAAAUGGGAAGGAAAUUUGUUCAAGAACAAGGUAUUAAAGAUCCUGGUAAACGGAGUAGGUUGUUCAAUGAUGAAGAUGUCUUUCGUGUAUUGAGGAGUAACACGGAAACUCCAAAUGUUGAAGCCAUGCAGGUUUAUUGGUAUGAUCUUCAAGAGCGACCAUUGAAACGUGCAGACUUCAAAAAGAUGUCUAACCUAAUAAUGCUAAUUGUGGAUGGUGGCUACACAUUCACCAAUUCUCUAGACCUUCCCGAUUCUCUUCGUUAUCUUAAAUGGUGGGGAUAUCCACUGGAAUCUUUGCCGUCAAAUUUUUGUCCGGAAAAUCUAGUUGAGCUUCAUAUAUCCAAUAGCAAAGUUAAGAAGCUUUGGAAAGAAGAGCAGAUACUUGUCAACUUGCAAGUUAUCGAUCUGUCGGGCUCUAAGUAUCUAACUGAAGUUCCAAAUCUCUCUGGGAGUCUAAAAAUUGUGGAGAUAAAUCUCUGGGGCUGUAUAAGUUUGGUUGAAAUUCCUUUGUAUUUUCAACAUCUUGACAAGCUUACUCAUCUUAAUCUUAGAGGCUGCAGCAGUCUCAAGUAUCUUCCAGAGAUGCCAGGAAAUAUUCAAUACUUGGAUUUACAACACACAGGUAUAAAGGAGUUGCCUGAAUCAGUUUGGUCUAACGAAAAUAUUUUUCACUUGAGUUUAAGGAAAUGCAAAGACCUUAAGAAACUUCCAAGCAUCAGGUGUAAGUUGAAAAAUCUCGAUCUCGAUGGGUGCUAUAAAUUUGAAAACUUUCCAGAGAUUUUGGAGCCAAUGGAACAUUUGAAGUCCGUAAGUUUAAUUGAAACAGCAGUUACAGAGCUACCCUCAUCAAUCUGUAACUUGAAAUAUCUUGAGAGUCUUGUUCUCACCAGGUGCUUUAGAUUUUCCAAGUUCCCUGAAAUCUUGGAGCCAAUGGAACAUUUGAAGUCCUUAAGUUUAAGACAAACAGCAGUUACAGAGCUACCUUCAUCAAUCUGUAAGUUGAAAUAUCUUGAGAGGCUUGAUCUCAGCAAUUGCUCUAGAUUUUCCAAAUUCCCUGAAAUCUUGAAGCCAAUGGAACAUUUGAAGUCCUUAAGUUUAAUUGAAACAGCAGUUACAGAGCUACCCUCAUCAAUCUGUAACUUGAAAUAUCUUGAGAGUCUUGAUCUCACCAAUUGCUCUAGCUUUUCCAAAUUCCCUGAAAUCUUGAAGCCAAUGGAACAUUUGAAGUCCUUAAGUUUAAUUGAAACAGCAGUUACAGAGCUACCCUCAUCCAUCUGUAACUUGAAAUGUCUUGGGAGUCUUGUUCUCACCAGGUGCUUUAGAUUUUCCAAAUUCCCUGAAAUCUUGAAGCCAAUGGAACAUUUGAAGUCCUUAAGUUUAAUUCAAACAGCAGUUACAGAGCUACCCUCAUCAAUCUGUAACUUGAAAUAUCUUGAGAGUCUUGAUCUCACCAAGUGCUCUAGAUUUUCCAAAUUCCCUGAAAUCUUGAAACCAAUGGAACAUUUGGAGUAUCUUAGUUUGCAAGAGACAGCUGUCGAAAUGCUUCCUUCGUCUAUUGGAAAUCUAAAUAGGCUUCAAGAUUUAAACCUUAGUCGCUGCCAUCAACUUAAGGAUGUCCCAACAAGUAUCUACAGUUUAACCAAUCUUAAACGUCUCAACUUUAAUGGCUGUUGCAGACUUGAAAAAUUGCCUUCCAGCUCUGUUGGUUUUCUCUCUUUAGAAGAACUAAACCUCAGCUACAGCGGUAUAUUGGAAAUACCAGCAAGCAUCAAACAAGCUUCUCGGUUGUCUAUACUCAACUUAAACUACUGCAAGCGGCUUCAAUCUAUACCAGGGCUCCCAGUGCUAUGUAUUGUUAUAGCUAAAGGCUGCACAUCGUUGAAGUUAGUGUCAAGUUCAAGGACAACACUCACACAAGGUGAUUACGAAAAACUUUUUAAGGCAAAUUUGUACUUUGAUAGCUCACUUGUCUGACCAAGAAAUAAGACAACAACUAGGCAAGGCUUUUAUUAUUUUGGUAUUGUUUAUGCUUUAUACAUUAUAAAGCGCUAGUUAUGGACAAGUGUAUAAUAGCCUAUUUGUUAUCUUUAAAACUUGAUUUACCUUUAUAUCAUAAACAUAGACAUUAAUUAA